AUGAAUCAAGGAAAGUUAGCCAAUCCUCCGGCUCAGGUCUGGGUAGCAGGCAAGGGUAUAGCUUGCCGAAAGAAGAAAUAGAUACAGCUGAUGAUAAAACUUCAGGGUUCUCUGGAAAAAAAACUUGCUGUGAAUAGUAUAGCUGGUAUUGAAGAGGGCAACAUAAUUAAAGAUGACGGGACAGUUAUUCAUUUCGACCAUCCCAAAGUCCAAGUUUCCCUUUCUGCUAACACCUUUGCAAUCACCAGUCAUGCAGAAGCCAAACCAAUCACAGAAAUGCUGCCUGAAAUACUAAGUCACCUUGGUGCUAACAGCUUAACAAGUCUUAGGAAGUUAGAUGAACAGUUCCCAAGGCAAGUGUUGGACAGCAAAGCACCAACACCAGAAGACAUUUAUGAGGAGGAGGAUGUUCUAGAUUUUGGAGAAAAUGUGAACGAGGCACCAAAGCAUGAAGCUAACUAA